AAGCGCGCGAACCUUCGAGCCAGCAGCUUUGGCAUAGAGGAACGCCCGUUCAGGAGGAUACCAACGACAAAAGACCAACUUGCGUUCUUGCUCGUGAUUCUCUCGGAACAAGUUCGAGGAUGCUACCGAGGGCCUCCUUGCUGCUCGUCGCUGUCGGCGUUACUGUCGUCGCGACAGCCAGCUACAAUACUGAUUAUGGUGGCACAAACGGCAGAAACGAUAGAUACGAUAGAAACAAUCCGAAUUAUCCAAGCAAUAAUCCCAACUAUGAUCGAAGAAAUCCGUAUGAUCCAAAUUACAACCAAAACAAUUACAAUCAAAACAGCGGUAGCUACAAUUAUAAUCGAAACAGCUAUGACAAUCGGCAAUACAAUGAAUAUAAUAAAGUGUAUACCAAAAAUGAAACAGCGAUAUUCUGUUACAUCAAUGCCACCAGACUCGACGAAUCAAGAAGGUUUAAUUCCGGCCCUUCAAUGGACAUUGAGCCCAGACUCUGCACUCACCUCAUUAUCGGAGCUGCUAUAAUCAAUCCCAAUUCGCAUACGGUACGCCUACUGAACGAAGAAAUCUUGACAAGGCAGGGCAAUGGUUUAUUAUCUUUCGACAAUAUUUCAGAGUUAAAAAGGGAGAACCCAAACCUCAAGGUACUUUUAUCAAUACACGGUAGUUCUAUGGAUUGGGCAAAUAUGGUCAAAUCUCAACGUGAUAUUUUUAUCAAGAGCAUCAUCGAUAUUUGUGGAAGCAAAAAUGUUGGAGUGAACAUUGAUUGGCAAUGGCCUGAAAGGAAAAAUGGUCAUGACGUAGACAACUUUUUCCAAUUUCUUUUGGAAUUAAAAAAUGAACUUAGACGAUUACCUUACGCAUCACAUGAACUGACAGUUUUCUUACCCGCCGAAUAUCAACAACUUGUUGAUAUUCUUCAACCCCGUGGUGACAACCGUAUCGAAAAUCUGUUGAUGCAAUAUGUUGAUUACUGGAUUCUUAUGGCUUUGGAGCUACGUGGACAUUGGGACCAAAGAAUUGAGCACCACGCACCGAUCGACUCUUAUAUAGGCUCAAGACAAACUGUCAGAAAAGCUAUAAAUGAAGUCCGUGGUUACGUUCGAGGUGAAUACCUCUACAAAUUCAUACUAGCUAUUCCAUUUUAUGGAAAGAGAUACCAGCUUGCAGCAAGAGCAGAUCGCGAAAGUCCAAUGAAUAAACUACAACAAACACUCCAUACGAGUUAUGAUUAUGAUGGCAUAAUGAGGGUUGCCUAUAAUAAGGUUUGCCAAGAGAUAACUGGACGUGAAUUCCAGCUUGACUACGACGAAACAAAUGGAUCUCCUUAUGCCUAUCACGACAAUACCGUCUUUGUGUACGAAGACACUAGGUCUGUUAAAGCUAAGACACGACUGGCACUUCAAAAUGGUUUCGGAGGUGUCAUGGCUUACAGCAUCGAAAUGGACGAUGCUACUGGUCAAUGUGGGCAAUCUAGGCGCACGUCGUACGACAACAAGAACUCUUACAAUAGCUACAGCUCAAACUCGGAAUUGCGAUUUCCAUUACUCAACGCUAUUAAAGACCAGGUUACACGAGGACAUGCCGCUCAGUUUCACUCGAGUCCCUUGGCUAUUAUUCUCGCAGUUAUCUGCGUUUUUAUUCUCAAGGUUAACAAUUGAACGGUCAAUUAUUCGAUAAUUGUCUGCUGAUCGGAAUAUGAAAAAGCAUUUAAGAAAUUGUUUUCUUACUCCACUUUUUUUUUACUAUCGUUCCGACCACUUUCUCACAUCGCGCCUACACCUCUCGAUAACUAUAAGGGUGGGUGCGAUACGUUUUAGUAUUAAAACUGCUAAUAGCAAACGUUAGAAAUUAUUGUGGAUGUUUUUUUCUUGUAUAAUGUCGAACAUUUUUUCAUGCAAGUGUUUUAUUCGUGUGAGUAUUCCAAUUUUCAACUAUACGUAUAAUUGAUAUUAAUAAUAUAGUUAUUUGAUAUCGAUAUGGUAUUCGAAUAUUAUUGCUACUAAAGUUACUAAAAUAAUUGUCCAGUUUCAUUAUGGUAAACUCAUUCACGAUUCAUGAUAAAUAUAUUAUUUUUGUGAGAAUUUAAUAUUUAUCUCAUUUUUGUAUAUUGAAAUAAUUUAAUUUUUCUUCGCAGAUGGAUGUUUUGUAUACAGCUUUAUAUAAAUUAUAUAGUACAAAAAAAUUAUAAGAUUAGUGUGUAAGUUAGUUGAUAAAAGCAUCAAAGGAUUGUUGAUGUGCGUAUAAAAGGUUAAUACUUUUCAUGGAAAUUUUCUUAAGGCUUACAUAAGUGAUUUGUAAAAAAUUGAUAUGAUCUUGAUAAAUGAAUUUAAAAUAAUACAAAUUAAAAAUAGUAUAAUUAUAUAUACCACUUCCGAAGUUAUCGAUGUUGACUUCGUAUAAAUUGGUCAUGUAUAAGCUUUUUCGUAACGUUCACUAACAACCAUUCACUGUACGAACGCUAAACAUCACUAUGUCAAUCACCCAAUACAUAAUCAUGGUAAUUUAUUAGAUUAACAGAGCAAACGUUAUUAUUAAUUAUAAGUUUAUUUUUCUAAAAAAGAAAAAACUUACACUGUCGCAUGUUUUUAAAAUAUAAAAAGUACAUCAUUGUAUGCACUGAAUGUACACACGCAUAAACAUAGAUUAUAUCUGCACUGAAAAUACAUUGCUCGCUAUAUGUAACAUAUUCACUAAAAUGAUUCCUUUAUGAUGACAUCCUUUACUUUAUCACGUUUAUAAUGCUUACAUCACAUCAAAUGUUUAAUAUUUGAAAAUAUGUUGGCAAUGUAUUUAAUCGAAAAAAAGGUAUUCACGUUUUGUCUUAAAACACUUAAGUAUAACGGCAUAGAAUAUGAUAACUUAUAUAGUUGCUUGCUAAUUAACAUUUCUGAAAUUGUUGUAAUGUUGUAAAACCUUAUUUUAACUCAAUUGACUCGAGAUUGAAAUUUCAAAAAUAUAUCUUGACACUGUAUUUUCUAUUAAUUUAGCGAAAAACUUCUUGAUUGUGAAAAAUUGUUUGGUAGCGCAGAUUAAAUAAGUAUCGCGAGUCAGUUGAUUAAAAAUGAGAUUUCAAUGGUCGAUAAAUAGGUAAGUGAAAACGUGAUAAUAUAUUUUAUAUGAUCUAAAAACAGCUACAAUGUUGAUAAAUUAAAAUAUCUACCAGACUUUGUAUACGACAGCUGUAGCGAUAUGGUUGACGCUCAUAAUGACAAACUUCAACAGUAAACACACAUUCCAGUGAAGAAAUAAUCCGUAUGCUAAUCAAAUUUUCUACACAUAAAAGUGCAAAGAGCUUUAAAGAUAUGCAAAAACACAUCAAACGAUAUCGCAAAGUAUAGAAAAUUAUGAAUGAAUGAAAAAAAAGCGCUUCACACAAUGCACACCCAUGUAGAUUGUGUUCACACGUAUACACGAAAUACAUCUUCAUACAAACACAAAAACACAUGUCUUACAUUUCUAAUACAUAGAUCUAAACACCUAUAUACUCCUAACACUUGAGUACACUAUAAAACUUGUCAACAUUGUUUACCGUUGUUGAUAAACAAAUACUUUUCAAUGAUACAAGGUAAAUCUCAAAUAUUCACACACACCUACACACCCGCGCGCGCGCACACACACACAAUUAUAUAUUUUAAUACACAUCUGGUUAAUCUGCAAGCUCUCAACUUUAGUUUGAAAGCUUGCACAUGAACACUUUACUCUCUCGCAAGAACUUCACACAUAUAUUUCAUUACUCUGCAACACCUAUUUCUACGUAAAUUAAUACUCUUGCAUACACCAUCGCCUUAUUACAGGAUCACUUACAUACACGAAUACACAUUUAACACACAAAUACGCACAACCCCGCACGCAUACUUCUACUUACCUAAGCACAGACACGCACAGAUACAGACGCAAACACGCACGCACACACAUACACAAACACACAAACACGCACACACAGACACAAACACACGCGCGCGCGCACAGCCACACAGACACACACACACACACACACACACAGACACAGCCACAAACACACACACACACAUAAUUAUAUAUUUUAACACACAUCUGGCUAAUUUACAUGCUCUCAACUUUAGUUUGAAAGCUUGCAGAUGACCACUUUACUCUCUCGUAAGAACCUUACACAUAUACUUCAUUACUCUGCAACAUCUAUAUCUACGUAAAUUAAUACUCUUACAUACACGAUUGCCUUAUUACAGGUACAUUUAUAUACACGAAUACACAUUUAAACAAAUAAUUUUUAACACUUAUACAAUAAACGUACACAAGUGAAUAUGCGUUAACACAAACAUACAGAAAUACGCACAACCCGCACGCACACUUCUACUUAUCUAAAUACAGACACACACAGAUACAGACAUAAACACACACAAACACACAAAGUUUCACGUAUACACGAUAACACAGGCACUUUCGUGCGCAUACUGAUAAGCACAAAACAAACACGCACAUACUACACAUCCAUGUAUAACGCAAACAUGCACACCUAUGCACCAACACAAACAUGCUCACACUAAACAGCUAUGUAUAACGCAAAUUCGCAGACUUAUGCAUUAUAACACGUGUAUGCAAUACAGACACAUUGCACAAACGCGGACACACGCAUAUUUACACAUUUACACACUUACAACCAUUUACAUGCACAGACCCUCACACCCAGCCACUCGUAUACACAAACGUUUCCACUGAUGAACAUCAUACACUAUACAGGUACCAGAGAUUAGGAGGUGCUUCCUACGACAAUUGGAAAUUCAGCGAUCAUUAGAUUCAAAGUUUGUUUCUUCGUGACCCCUAUAUAGUGACUAUAUUUUCUCUUCUGAAAUGCUCUUUUAACUGUAUACUUAACGAAAAUGCAUACUAUGCACAUUUGAUCUUAUGGCUUCAAACUUAAAUUAUAAUACUUAUUAAAGAGCUGAUCAAGCAAAAAAUGGAUAUUUAUUGGUAAAAAUUUUGAUAAAAAUCUAAAUGUCAGAUUAUCCGUAAGAUACAUAAAUAACAUCUCGAAAGUACAAAAGAGAAGAAUUUAUUGCGAGCGAAAGUUUUUUCAACCAUUAAGAUAUUACUACAAUUAUCAUUUUGUACGUAUUAUAGCUGGAGUUAAGUUGAAAACUUAGUAUUGUAAUAUAAUAAAAGCUAUAAAGUCAUAUUUUAUAUGUUCUCGUACUAAAAUCAGUAUUCAUUGAAGUGAAGCUAAAAUUAAUCACAAACUAAUUUAAAGUAUCAAUAUAAAUAAUAUUAGUAGUAAUAUAGAUCACGAUUAAUUGCGUGAGAUCAUAAUCGCUCUGUUGUCGACCAAACUGCCUUCAGUAUACUUUCCAUUGAAUUUCAUAUGUAUUUUCAAUCAUCUUAAUGUGUGUAACAAUUAUCAUUGUAUUAUUCUCAUUUGUAUAAACAAUUCAUAUUUUCUAAAGUAAUGUUAUGCAUGCAUUGGCAUGGAUAUUUGUACACUUUAUAUAUUCUGUGUUACUUUAUUCGUGUCAUCAAAUAAUUUCACCACAAAAAUGUAUGUACUAAAUUUGUACAUGGUAAGAAUGGAAUUUUUAUGUAAUCUUGCGAACAUUGGUUAAAAUUUUAAUCACUAUCAUACAACUUUACACUCUAUGAUAGCUUGAGAUUUUGGCUUUCUUGCAUUUAAUUGUGUCAAAUGGGCUUAACGUUGCCUUGAAAAUAGAAUUGUAAUAUUCUUGGAAUAUUGUUCAAUAAUGAACUGUUGAACACUGUGUAAAGUACUGCUGUGCGCGACGUUAUUCAAAAUAAUGUAAAAACUAUAAACUUAUGAUAAGUAAAUUCGCGUAUCGAUUUUUAUUUUAGGCAAUUAUUUAUGAACUUCUCUUAUAAUUCUAAACGGUAUAAUUUAGAGAGUAACAGAAUACAUAAAUAUAUUCGACUUACAAUAGAUAUAUUGAAAGUAAAAAUGCAUUAUUAUGAGUCUUACUUAUUAAUGCAUUAAUAUUCGUUUUGGACGAAAUUUAAGAUAUAUCGUAUUCAUACGAUCAAGUAUGAGCUGAUAUAAUAUAGGACAUUCGAUAUACAGAGUAGUAACAUAUUUAAUUUCCUAUAAGUAAUAGCGACUAUAUGAAUAUUAAUACUGAUUCAAUAAAAACAUAAAAAUUUAAAUUAUCAAUUUAAUGUUGUAAGUGCUUGUACGUAUCUUUUAAUUAAGACAAUAUAGUAAAUGUCGUUAAUGAGGAUUUGUGAA